AUGACUGAGAGCCAUUUGGAGGUAGGCAGGGAAGAGGAAAGUAAGGCUCUCCUGGUCUUAGGGUAUGACACGGAGAAACGUGAUGCAAUGGUGAUGAGUUUGGUUAGUUGUAGGCUUCUGGUAGAUCGAGAUCGUUUAGAUAUCCUGUCUCUUCUUGGUUGUGAGCUUGACCAGUCGGCUAAGCGAGUUGGUCUUUAUAUCGCGGAUCCUCUCGACCCUAAUGGAGGGUCGGACCCCGUGUCCAACUGGAUCGUUAUCCCUUUAGAGACAUUGCUUGGAGGACAGCCUCUAAAGGCACGUGCUGCUAGAUGUUGGAGCUUUUUGGAAGAGACGGAAGAAGACUUUGGUGAGGAACUGCUCUUCCCAAUCGAUGAUAAGUUGAGUCAACGUGACGCAGCAUUGGCCAAUGUCCGUAUCUUGGGUGAUACCGGCGUCGAUUGCUGUCGAAAUCUUAUGGACCCCCCUGAAGAUAAAGAAAAUGAAAAUGAGGAGUCAGCUCCUGAGAAUUCUCAGCUGGGUGAUCCAUUCGACAAGGAGCCACAUCUCAAAACACCAGAACGAUACGUCAUUCCCGGUUAUGACACUUUAAACGCCAAAGAGCUUCCUGAAAAUUGGGUUAAGCUGCUACACGAUUCUGGUUUAACAAUGUAUUUUAAUCCAAUAACUGGAGUUGCUACCCUCUCUCGUCCUUUCAUCGUCACCCCAGAGAGCGUAAAAAGUACCACCAUCCCGAUUUUUGCCAUUCCUUGUUUGAAUUACCGGUACAGUAAAUUUGCUCCCAAAGAACCCUUGAAUUCUAAGGUUUCAGAUGCCGACAAAUCAAGGGUAGAUAGUGAUACACAACAGCAAGAUAGUUCCAAUUGCGAAGCAAAAAAGACCCUUGAAUGUCCUAUUAGAAGCGUUGAGGGCGGUGGUGAUUGUGACGGCGCUAAUGCGAACAGGGAAGACGCAUCAGAGGUUGCUGAUAAGGAAAAGGAGGAGGGUGAGUUGACGACAGACGAGGACGAGGAGGGUGAAAAUGAAGGCGAGGACGCUAAGCAUGGAGACCUACCACCGCCGACUAAACGCCUCUGUCGAAGAAAUGUUAAAGAAAAGACAUCUCCGGUUUUGGAGUCCAAUGUGACAUCCCAGAAUGAGAAUACGGCGCAACAAGAAGCGCAACCUGAGGUGGGGUGUCCUUAUCUCUAG